AAUUGCGCAGCCCUUUCGACUGAUGGAAAAGUACUGGUCACUGGUCACUUGAAAAAUGCGUACACAUGGGACAUUCACGCCAUCCUCAAAGACGCUGGCCUUGAACACCUACUACCCAUUCCUCAUGUCCCAGCUCGAAAGUCAUUGAAGGACAGCAGUGCUACCCGACGUCCACCUAUUCAAGCCCGUCGAAUAUCGCCAGGCUUUUUCGAUGGCAUGCAAAAUGGCCCCCAGUCCUCCACGGCUCGUGUUACCCAUCCUCGUUCUUCCGCAUACCACCCUCGCAGCGCUCUCGCACCCUCUUCUGCGAAUAUACAUGCCCUUCUCGAACGCUUUUCGUCCUUCUUCCACCACUCUCGAUCCAAUGCCGAUGCAGCAACCGAACUCCAGCAACGCUCAAACCGGUCCAUAUUCUCUCGCGGUCCUCGCAUUGUGGAAGUUGCUGCAGUACGGGACAAGAAGCCAUUGGCUGUUGCUCCGCGGCAGGUACAAAAACAGUCACGCACACGCCCUCCUGGUACUAGUGCACCAGGUGCAACACCUGCCCAGUCACCACCCAUUCCAUGGUGGGCCCAUAUCAUACUCUUUCUCUGCUGUGCAUCACCUCGACAGGCGACACAAACACAGCCACAGCAGCAAAGCCAAGCGCAUGGUCAGCAGGCCCAGGCCCGAGCGUCUUUACCGCAUACUGAACCUACUGCCUCGGUGUCCACGACACUUCCUCCCCCUCCUACCACUACCCCACCAAAUACAGCAGCGGUGCAGUCACAACUUCCUCCAUUACGGGCUCGCCUCGUUCUUUUUCUCUGCUGUGUCUCCCCAACAAGCUAAUGGUCACUAAUACUGUAGGGUGUGGACCACUGUUUCGCAUUUGCAUACAGUUCUUGUGUACUAUUAUCUAUUAUCUCUUUCUUCCUACCUUUCGCUACUCCAUCAGUAUUGCUUCCCCGUCAUGAGACUCAUGUAGCGCAUCGGACUCAAUAAUGUUAAAUGUUGCAAGAAGAAUGUUCCAAGGUAC